ACACGCUGUUCCAGCUGAAGUUCACGGCGAAGCAGCUGGAGAAACUCGCCAAAAAAGCCGAAAAAGACUCCAAAGCCGAGCAAGCCAAAGUCAAAAAGGCCCUUCAGCAGAAGAACGUGGAGUGUGCCCGUGUCUAUGCCGAGAACGCCAUCCGCAAGAAGAACGAGGGGCUGAACUGGCUCCGCAUGGCCUCCCGCGUGGACGCCGUGGCCUCCAAGGUCCAGACGGCCGUGACCAUGAAGGGGGUGACGAAAAACAUGGCCCAGGUGACCAAGGCCCUGGACAAGGCUCUGAGCUCCAUGGACCUGCAGAAGGUGUCUGCAGUGAUGGAUAAGUUCGAGCAGCAGGUUCAGAAUCUGGAUGUCCACACGUCGGUGAUGGAGGACUCCAUGAGCUCGGCCACCACGCUGACCACGCCGCAGGAGCAGGUGGACAGCCUCAUCGUCCAGAUCGCCGAGGAGAACGGCCUGGAGAUCAUGGACCAGCUGAACCAGCUCCCCGAGGGGGCCUCUGCCGUGGGGGAGAGCUCCGUCCGCACCCAGGAGGAUCAGCUCUCCCGGAGGUUGGCUGCCUUGCGGAAUUAA